UGUUGCGUUUCGGAAUAUUAUUUUCCUUAUUAUUUAUAAUAACAUCAGCCAGUCAAAAUGGAAAGGAAGUUUGUACUCUCCUUUCCAUUUGUGAUAAUCUUAAAGCCUUGAAAUCCGAAGUUGCUGCUGUCCGUGCGGAGCAAAAACGGCAGGCGAUUAUUUUAGAAGGUUUAGGCAAAAAAUUCGACCUUUGUGUGCCCAAUUUAUACCCAGCAAACUGCGCUCAGACUUCUAAAAGUAAACUUACGAUACGCGUCCCCGAGUACAGUGAAGCCCCCUUUGAAGUGACCUGCGAUCAGAAAAGUCACGGUGGGGGCUGGACGGUAUUUCUGCGAAGAAACGAUGGUAGUCAGGACUUUUUCCUUGAAUGGAAGGACUACAAAAACGGAUUUGGCCUACUGGACAAUGAGUUUUUCAUGGGAAUGGACAAACUGCACGCAAUGACUGCAUCGGAGCCCCAGGAGCUUCUAGUCCUCCUGGAGGGUUAUAAAGAAGAUUAUCGCUACCAGCUGUACGACAAUUUUAAAAUCGGGGCCGAGGCUAACAACUACACUCUAGAAUCGGUGGGAUCAUCCCAUGGGGAUGCCGGGAAUUCACUGUAUAAUCACGUGGGCAUGAAAUUUACCACUAAGGAUCGUAAGAACCAUGGCACAUUAAAUACGAACUGUGCAGAAUUGUAUAAAGGUGCUUGGUGUUUUCGGAGUUGCUAUACAAGUCACUUGUGUGGUAAAUAUGGCGAAAACAAUAAUGCACAAGGAAUAGUUUGGGAAACAUUUGGAAAGAACAAUUACAAUCUAAAACGAGCCACCAUGAUGAUAAGGCCGAGAAGGUUUUCUUCUAAUUAGUUUUAAGCGCAUACCUUAAAUAAAAAAAAUGUCUUAAAUUGUUAUUUCCUUUGUUAAGUUCAACCGAAAAAAGGUCUUGCCGUGUACAAUGUA